UGGGGAAGGAAACCCUUUUUCAGAAACAACAAAACAGCGCGAUCGUUACCGGCGGAGUUUUCUCCCGGAUUGUCCAUCAUGAACCCGGAAACGCCUACCAACAGCCGCAGCAUCACGGAAACCAUCGCCCAGGACGAGCCGAUUUCCGGCACAAGCAGUGAGGAAGCGCCGGUGCUGCGGUUACGCCUGCAAAAGCCUCGAAGCGACAAGAAAGUGCAGUGGACAAACGGUACGGUCGACAACGAGCAUAUGAACAAGAAAAAAUCCAAGUGCUGCUGCAUCUACGAGAAACCACGCGCUUUCGGCGAGAGUUCGUCGGAAAGUGAGGACGAAUGUGAGCACUGCUUCGGCCAUGUGGAGCUUAAAAAGAAAAACCGUAAACACGUGGUUGGCGCUCCGGUUCCUCCGGUGCCCGCCAAACCGGGCGAUGGUGAUGACGAUGACGACGACGAAGACGGCAAUGGUGCCAAUUCUGAUGCCGUAGAUGGACCGUCGAAGGGGGCUUGUCGUGUACCGGAUGAUUCAACAGCUCACGCCUGCUGUACGGCCCAACAAGGAUAGAGCGAUGCCAUUGUAAGAUACCAACGCUAAAACGAAGUUUCAAACCAAAUUGUAAAUAACGCAAAUAUAAGUACUGAACAUAU